AUGGACCAAAACGGCAAUGGAGAAUGGGAGUGGACAGAGCCGGUGACAGAGCCUAUACAGUACUCUGACUGGGAGUUGGGGGAUCCAGAGCCUGACGGUACUCUGUGCGCCCACCUCGACUGCGAGGAGGACGAUUUAUGUUUAUGGGAGGCUGUCGGUUGUGACGAAUCCGACGCAAGACCUCUUUGCAGAGCUGCAGAACAUCUUCAUCAAGGAAUGAGGCUAUCCAGUUUCACGUAUACUGGGUCAGAAACCACUGUGACGUCACCCACCAUUUCUAUGGGCGAACCCUUACACGUGAUGGCCAGUUUAACAGAGAUGACCUUUUCAUAUAUGCCCAGUGCAUCUAAAAUUACCUCAGAAUCCAAUUUAGACUCAGCAGCCAAUAUCUUAUCCGUGGUCGUAUCAACCAGUGUGCCUGCGGAUUCACCAACAGAUGGUCUAGAAUUUAUUUCGCCACAAUCAACCAUAACAUCGCCAAUGCAAUUAGCCAUAGCAUCGCAAACACAAUCAGCCAUAGCAUCGCCAUCACAAUCAGCCAUAGCAACGCCAACACAAUCAGCCAUAACAUCGCCAAGACAAUCAGCCAUAGCAUCGCUGACACAAUUAGCCAUUGCAACGCCAACACAGUCACCCAUAGCAUCACCAACACAAUCAGCCAUAACAUCGUCAACACAGUCAGCCAUAGCAUCGCAAACACAGUCAGCCAUAGCAUCGCCCACACAAUCAGCCAUCACAUCAGCACAAUCGGCCAUAGCAUUGCUGACACAAUCAGCCAUAACAUCGUCAACACAAUCAGCCAUAACAUUGUCAACACAAUUAGACAUAGCAUUGCAAACACAAUCAGCCAUAGCAUCGUCAACACAAUCAGCCAUACCAUCGCCAACACAAUCAGCCAUGGCAUCGCCAACACAAUCAGCAUUGCCAACACAAUCAGCCAUAGCAGAGCCAACACAUAGUGUGUAUUCAGAAGGCGACCUACAGUUUGCAACUGUAAGCAAGGUUUCCAUGACAACAAGCCAACUCCACCUGCAAUGCCCUCCAUUGCCUCCCAUGCCAAACACAAAUGUUAUCUACAGCGUGGAUGGAACAGUCGCCACAGUUGAAUGUUCUGAAGGGUACAGACUGAACACAAGACAGGACAAUAUCACUUUGGUGUGCCUGGAGAGUCUGGCGUGGAACCUGACAGCUAACAUCAGCUGUGAGAGUGAGUAA